AUGGUUGCUGCUGCAGAGGGAUCGCAGGGCAAGGCCUGGGCGACGCUGCUCACCAAGACGAGCUACCUCCAAGGCGCCCUCGUCCUCGCCGACUCGCUCGCACGGCACCGAUCCAAGUACCCGCUCGUCGUCUUCGCCACGCAGGAGCUGCCGCAGGUCGCGAGGGACAUUCUCGAUGCCAGGGGGAUCAGGAUCAGGGACAUCGACUACCUCGAGCCGCCCAAGGAGAACCGCGGCGAGUUGGACGAACACGAUCGCAGGUUCGCCGACACCUGGACAAAGCUGCGCGUGUUCGAGAUGACAGAGUUCGAGAGGCUGGUCCUUCUCGACAGCGACAUGCUGUGCGUGCGGAAUAUGGACGAACUGCUCGAGAUGCCGCUCGACGAUGGCUGGAUCGCUGCCGCACACGCCUGCACUUGCAACCCUCGCAAACUCGCUCACUACCCGAAAGAAUGGAUACCCGAAAACUGCGGCCAUACCCAAGCCCGCCUGACUACCCCUCUCGCUCCCUCCGACUUCUCCAAAUCCACCCACGACCGGCUCAACUCCGGCCUCGUCGUCCUCCGCCCCUCCCGUUCAACCUUCGACGGCAUCGUCUCCUUCCUCAACACCGACCCGCGCGUUGCGACCUACAAAUUCCCCGACCAAGACCUCCUCGCCGAUUUCUUCAAAGACCGCUUCCUCCCCAUCUCGUACCGCUACAACGCGCUCAAGACGCUGCGGUAUUGUCAUGCCGAGAUGUGGCGAGACGAGGACGUCAAGAACGUUCACUUUAUCCUCAAGAAGCCGUGGUACUAUACGCUGCCGGAAAGCGAUCCCGAUUACGAGGUGCACGCUUGGUGGUGGAAGGCUUUCGACGAGCUCGAGGCCUCCUGGGGCGAUGCGCCUCAUUGGGACGAAAUUGCGGCGACAGUCAACCGCGAGCCGCGACGAGACGAUCUCAACUAG